AACCCUUCGCGGGUUGGUCAGAAGUCAGUCUUGUUUGGUAAGACGGAAUUGGACAAAGAAAAGAGAGUGCUCGACCGGAACAACGCUAAAUAAAGACCUUAAUUACAUAGAGAACUGCUCCUCCCUUUCUCCGUCUUUAAGGCUUUAAGGCGAACCGUAUGGUGGCUGGAAAGAAAGACGACCUCACCUUCUCGUAGAUGGUGUCAGUGAGAGCCACUUUAGUAUCCCCCGUUGACCUUCUUUUGUAGAUAGAAUCCUCAAUGAGUGGAAACAAGCAACCUUACUAAUAAAGGUGCUUGUUGAGUAAGGCCGGCUUUAGAGCCCGAGCCCCUUGUAUGGGUUGGGUGCUUGAGCGCAUCUUUCUCAUAUCGAUCAAGGCUUUCCUUGAGUUUUCUUGCAGGAGUGCUAACGCGCGCCCUUACGUUUUCUUCGCUUGCUCUGCAGUACGAGCCUCAUACAGAGCCGCGCCCCUUUAAUAUGAUGAGAAGAAAAGAAGAGGGGCCGCCCUCUUUUCCGCACCAAUCCUUAUUUACUACUACAUCUUUUUUUGGGAUGCGUAGUAGCGUUCAAAGAGAACUCUUUGGCCUUUAGACUCGCUUCAGCGACUUCGCCUUUUAAGUUACAAGGGUAAGGAGUAGUAGAGUGGCUCGGGAACAGCUUCUUACUAGUAGGGGCUAAUCACAGUAAGAGAGAAAAAUCUCUGAAAUAGAGCUUAGUCUCUCCAUAGUAGAUAGUAUACUAGUAGAAGGCAUAGGUUAUGACUUGAUCCAAUAGAGUCUGAACACCUUUCUAUCUAAAAGGAAUGGUGCUCGAUGAAACGAUCCAGAUUCCACACUAUGCUGUGGGCUGGGGAGAGAGCUACUCUGCGAAACUGGGCGUUCAGUGUUCUUAUGGAGGAACCAUACUAGAAAGAGAAUAGAAAGAGCCUUCAAAAAAGAGCGAGGGAGUGAUGGGCAACCUUAGUCUAUAUGUUGCUUGUGAGCCGCCAAGUACCAGUCUCGAAACAGUACUGGCGCAAAAGGAUCGGUCCUUCACUUGCUGAUCGUUCGCGAGUCGAACUCGCUCUCUUGCCACGCCUUUCACUCACUCGCUUGAGUCGGACUCAAUCACUCUUUUUGUUUGGGGGAUCAUUCGUUCUUCACUCUCUUGCUAUUAUCCGCAGGGAGCGCAGCAACAAGGCGGGCGUAGCGAAUCACAUGGAUAAGCCCCUACCCGCCAGCGCGCGGAUAGAUAGGGCGGGCGAAGCGCAAAGGGGAUGGAUGUCUGAGCGGUUGAAAGAGUCGGUCUUGAAAACCGAAAUAAGAACGAAUCGGAUCGACUCGACUUAUAUGAUAGAUGGAAUGGGUAGCUUGUGUUAUGAUGUAGACGUGUGUUAUUAUUUAGUUAGGACUUUGUCUCCCUUUCGUUAUCUUCCGCUCCCCUUGUAUAGGUUGGGGAAGGGCCGGGUGGAUUACCUUUGGGGGGCUAAGUCGAAGAUCUCGGUGGUCUUGUGAGUGGUUGAUAAACUACGAUUGCAGUUUGAUUUAGGAAGUCCCAAAGCUGUGAGGCUUAACAGACAAAGAAAACGGUGGAUACUUCCGGGUAGAAGGUGACGACCCUAAUGAAUCGACUAUGAAGGUGGCUGUUAGCUACAUCAGCGCUCAAAUUCCUUCAUCGUUAUUGCCCUGGCUUCGAUGAUCAACCCCUGGCACAUUUCGGUUUUGAUCUUCGGCCAUCCUGGUCCUCAGGACCCAACACAAUAUUCUUCUUUUUAUAUAUUUCCUUUAAAAGAUGCAGAAGGUGUUGAUACGUCCUAUCCACAUAGAGAGCUUACCCUCUUCCACACAUUACCGGUGGAUGCUACAGCCGCUAUCACUUUGGCUGCAGGAGGGGAAUGAAGGUCGAGGAAGCAAGGAAGAAAAGGUUAUUAGCUAUUGGCUCACCCUUGUAUCAGGCCUUGGUACGGCCUAUACAUGAUUGAGCCAUGGCGGUUUUGGCAAAGUUAAGAAUGGAUGGUACCUAUAACCAGACCCAACCGUUGCAGUACUUGAGAGGAAAGAAAAAAGGAUUUUCUUUUUAUCUCAAGGCAGCUACCGAUUCCUUACCUGUUAUCCUGACGUCCUGUAUGAUUGCAGGGUUGUUCGGAAAUCCCUUUCCCUUUGCAACUUCCUGGGCGUUCAUACUUUUUUUCUGUAGUCUUUCCAUUACCAUAUAGUUUAUAUAAUAAAGGCUAUAGGUCAUCGGUUGUGACGUUCACGAAGGGUCAACCCCUCGAUUUUUUAGUUCUUGGCCUCUAUUCACACUUACACAUCAUACGCUUGUGUGGAUAGCUGCUGAGAGGGUGUAUGGCACGACGAAGCUUUGCGACUAUGCCAUUCUUGGCGACGGUGAUCGCCGACGAGAAGGUGGCGGCCGCUUACCAUAAUCAAUAGUUUCAGUUUAC